GCGUAAUCGCACCGUCGCGCGGCGGGCUCGGCCACGAGCGCCAGAGCUCCGCGCCGCCUCGCGCCUCCUCCCCCAAGUCCCUGCCCCGCUGGGGCUCGUCACUUCCGCCAACCCCAGGCCGGGGCUGGGGCGGGGGAGGGGGCCAGGUCCUAGAGAAGCCCGCGCACGAGCAGGGACUACAUUUCCCAAGGGGCCUCGGCGGCGGCGGCGGCGGGCGCGGCAACGUCCCCCGGAAGUGGAGCUCUGGACUUCCACUCGUGCGUGAGGCGAGCGGAGCCAGAGUCGAGACCAGAGGCCGAACUCGGGAUCUGACAAGAUGGCCGGGCUGCCCCGCAGGAUUAUCAAGGAAACCCAGCGUUUGCUGGCAGAACCAGUUCCUGGCAUUAAAGCAGAACCAGAUGAGAGCAACGCCCGUUAUUUUCAUGUGGUCAUUGCUGGCCCUCAGGAUUCCCCCUUUGAGGGAGGGACUUUUAAGCUUGAACUAUUCCUACCAGAAGAAUACCCGAUGGCAGCCCCUAAAGUACGUUUCAUGACCAAAAUUUAUCAUCCUAAUGUAGACAAGUUGGGAAGAAUAUGUUUAGAUAUUUUGAAAGAUAAGUGGUCCCCAGCACUGCAGAUCCGCACAGUUCUGCUAUCGAUCCAGGCUUUGUUAAGUGCUCCCAAUCCGGAUGAUCCGUUAGCAAACGAUGUAGCAGAGCAGUGGAAGACCAACGAGGCCCAAGCCAUAGAAACAGCUAGAGCAUGGACUAGGCUAUAUGCCAUGAAUAAUAUUUAAAAUCGAUCUGAUCAUCAAGUGUGCAUCACUUAUCCUGUUCUGCCAAGACUUCUUCCUUUUUUGUUUGCAUUUAAUGGACACAGUCUUAGAAACAUUACAGAAUAAAAGUCCAGACAUCUUCAGUCCUUUGGUGAUUAAAUGCACAUUAGCAAAUCUAUGUCUUGUCCUGAUUCACUGUUGUAAAGCAUGAGCAGAGGCUAGAAGUACCAUCUGGAUUGUUGUGAAACGUUUAAAAGCAGCGGCCCUUCUCUGCUUUUAUUCAUUUCCCCCAUCGUGGUUAAGCACUGUGAAUGAAGGUAGUUGUCAGGGUUAGCUGCAGGGGUGUGGGUGUUUUUCUUUAUUACUUUUUUGAGGGGGAGAGGUAGUUUUAUUUUAAUUUUAUGGGCUCCUUUCCCCCUUUUUAUGGUGAUCUAAUUGCAUUGGUUAAAAGCAGCUAACCAGUUCUUUAGAAUAUGCUCUCUAGCCAAGUCUAACUUUAUUUAGACACUGUAGAUGGACAAGCUUGAUUGAACCAAAAUGGGAACAUUAAACAAACAUCACAGCCCUCACUAAUAACAUUGUGACUUUGCUGUCAAGUGUAGAAUCCUUCCUUCAAGAAAAAGCUUGUGACCAUUUUGUAUGGCUUGUCUGGAAACUUCUGUAAAUCUUAUGUUUUAGUAAAAUAUUUUUUGUUAUUCUA